AUGGGUUGUGGGUCAUCAUAAGCAGAAGCUCCUGACAAAAAGAAAGGAAACCAUUCGGAAAAACAUAGUAUUUCCUCUCAAGAUACUGAGUUAGCUGAUAAAUAAAAGCUAUACCAAAGAGGUAUAAUAACUGAAUUUAGCUUCAGGAAACUAUUUACUUAAAAAGGGGAAAUAUGAUCAGGCUAUCAAUCUAUUCAACAGAGUCUUAGAAAUCGAUCCGGAAUUUGCUGAUGCAUAUUAUUCAAAAGGUAACUAUUUUAUUUUAUUCAGCCAUUGUGGCUUUUGAAUAAAACAAAAUAGAAGAUGCUUUAAAUCUACUUAAGGCAACUUUAGAAAAGUAACCUGAUCAUGUAUACGCUUUGAAUGAAGCAGGUUAUUUUUCAAAAAUAUUUUAGGGUGUUUAAUGAUAAAAUAACGAAAAUUUCCAGAAGCCUUAGACUACUUAGAGAAAGCCUAUGCAAAGCAGCAAAACUUCUCAGAAGUGAAUUAUAGUUUAGGUACUAAUGGUUUAAUUCUUUGUUAAGCUUAUGCUUUAUCUAAAUUAAAUAGAAAAGAGGAGUCUCUAAAAUACUAUGAUUUAGCCAUAUAAGAGGACUCAUAGCAAAAGCAUUUUUAUAUCAACAAGGCUACCACUCUAAUUGAACUAAAUAAACACGAAGAAGCCCUUAAAUGCGUUUCUGAGGCCUUGAAGUUAGAUUCAAAUUAUCUAGAUGCAUUGAUUACACAAGGUACAAAAUUUGAUGCAAGUAUAGGAAACAUAUAUAAAGUUACACAGUAGUUUGAUAAAAUGUAUGGAACAUGUUCUGCAAUGUUGAAAAUAGAUAAUAACAAUAAGUUGGUUUAAUAAAUGAAAGAGGAAGCUGAAAAAAAUUUAAAUAUUUAAAUAACCGAUUAACAAGCUAGUACUAUUAUUCCGAUUGAAGAUAAGUUAACGUUAGGUAACAUUCAUAUAAAAAUGGUUAAGCUGAAAAUUUGUAUUCAGAAAAAUAAUAUGCUCAAGCAAGAAAAGUAGUUGAUUAAAUUCUUAAGAAAGAUCCUUUGCAUUAUUAAUCACUUCGAUUAAAUGCUAAGAUUUAGGUGGAAUAGGGACAAUAUGGUGAUGCUUUGACCAGCCUAAAUAAGGCCUUAAGUCAAUAACCAAAAGAUAUAAAUGCGCUAAAAGAAAAGGGUAACAUAAUAGAGGAAUAUUUAUAGCGUUUGUAUUGGAAAAGUUGAAAAGAUUAGAAGAAGCAUUAUAAUGUCAUACUAUGAUCAUAGAUGAAGAAACAAAUUAAGAUAAGAAAGAAAAAUAAGGUAUUGUUUACACCAUUUUCUAGCCAACGUAUAUAUGAAACUUGGAAAGGUGAAAGAGGCUUCAGAAAUAUUUGAGAGUUUGAAUGUAAAACACAAUUUGGAUGAUCCAUAAACAUAUAUUUUCAAGGGUAAUACAAUAAAAGCUUAGAUUAGGAAAGUUGUUGUUAUCAUAAGAGAAAUAUGAUGAAGGAAUGACUUUUGUAUAGGAAGGACUUGAAAAGAAUAAGAACAAUAUCGAGAUUAUGUAAUUGCUUGCUUAGUUUCACAAGGCAAAAAAAAAUGAGAAAGAAGCAUUAAAUCUUCAUUAAUAAGUUUUGGAUAUUGACAAACAUAAUGAUUGCUCACAUUUUGAAAAAGGUAUUAUUAACUGAAAAAGAAUUUAGGUGUGAUAUAUUGUGAUCAGAAUCAAUAUAAGAAAGCAUUAGAAUCUCUUUAGAAAAUUAAUAAGUUAGAUUUUAAUGAGUUAUGUUAUUUUUAUUUUGGAUUGUGCUAUAGUAAGAUUGAAGAUUAUAAGAAUUGCAUAAAGAAUUUGAAUACUUAUGUAAAGCUAGGAAGAGUAAAAUUAGAAGAAGCUUACUUUAUGGUAAUAUUAAAAAAUAUUUAUUUUAAGUUAGGUGGAGCUAAUUUGUAUUUGUUAAGAUUUGAUGAAGCAGAAGAAAAUUAUAUAGAUUGCAUAAAAUAGAAUCCAAACAAUGCAGAAGCUCAUUAUUAAUUAGGGAAUGUGUAUAAAAAGGACAAAUAAAUUGAAGAAGCCAAAAAGUACUAUGAAUUAGCUCAUAACCUUGAACCAUAUAAUGAAACAUACAAACAGACUUAUGGUAUAAUUAAUUCAAUAUGAUAAGAAACUUUUGUGAAUGAAAAAAACUACUUAGUUGAAUAUAGUAACAGUUUACUAUUUACUUUAUCUACCUUUAUUGGAGUAUGUUAAUUAAAUCAAAAACAGCAAGAUUAUGAUCAGCAAAAGAGUGAGAAAUAUCUGAAUAUUUUACUACUUUUAGAAACUAAUCAAAAAAAGAGAUUCAAUACUAUUGAGAAUCAUUUUGAAUAAUUAAAAUAAUUAAUAGCCAAAUCUUAUGAUAUGUAGUAUACAGUAAUAGAUGACACUCUAUUUCCAAUAAUGCAAUAUUGGCAUAAUCAGAAGAUUUGUAAGAAGAAGAAAGAUGUCAAUGAUUUUGUGACAUCGAUCAUUCAUACUGUUAAAUUGUUAGUGAAUAUCAACAGUGACAAGAUACUUAAUGUAAUUAAUAGUGAAAAAUCUUUAAAUAAUAAAUAUUGUGUUGAAUUUGCCAAUAAAUGUUAGCAUGAAUUUUAUAAGAAUAGAAGUGGUAGUUUAGGAUUGAUUGAUGGCAUCAAGAUUCUUGGAUUUCUAUUAAAAUAUCACAAGGAUUUCAGUAAAGAUCAAAUGGCCUUCUCUGAACUUAUAGCUACGAAAUAUUAAGUUGAAGAAAUAUAGAUUUUUCAUGAAUCCUACUUUAAAUAAUGA